UUGACAGACCAUGAAAACGAUGCCAGCACCAUCAACCUCCUGCUCCUUCAUGAAGAUUUGGCAAGCCAUUUCUGCUGGAUCAAAGAUUUUGAUGCGCUAUGCUAUCAUCUGAACAAGUGCAAGACUAGGACCUACUUUUGCAUGAGGUGUUUAUCCGGUCACCGAUCUCCGCAGACUCUCGCCAGACACCAACUGUACUGCGCCGACGCGAAGCCUGCUGUGAUCAAGCUACCAGAACCCGGUGAGACGCUCACUUUCACGGAGACCAAGCGGAGAAUGAAGAUGCCAUAUAUCAUCUACGCUGACACUGAGAGUGUUCUCAAACCCAGCUCGGGGCAGCAUGGAGCCCACACUAUUCGGAAUGCAGAGCAUGAACCCUGUGGAAUUGCUUACAUCGUAGUGCGGUCAGAUGGAGAGGUGACGAGGCGAUUUCUUUACAGAGGAGAAAACCCGAUUGAAUCGUUUUUCGAGGAGCUCGAGGGAGAGGAUGAAAGAAUCACCAAUGACCUGCAGCACAUACGACCCAUGAACAUGUCAGCGGAGGAACAGCAGCGGUUUAAAAAUGCGAAUGAGUGCUGGAUUUGCAGCGAUGAGCUGGGUGAUGAUCGAGUGCGAGACCACGACCACAUCACGGGUAAAUACCGCGGUGCAGCUCACAGCAAGUGCAACAUCAACCUGAGGAUCACACCAGAGACUCAUCCAAUCCCGGUAGUUUUCCACAAUCUGAAAGGUUAUGACGCCCACCCACUCAUUUCAGCCAUUGGCGUCACCUCAUCGGAGAGCACAACCUACAUGAGUGGCGGAAGAAAGAAGAUCAAGAAAUCCGGUGAGAUCAAGAUCAUUCCUAACAACAUGGAGCGUUAUAUCUCCUUCAGCUGGGGGCGAUUCCGCUUUGUGGAUAGCCUAUCAUUCUUGAAUGCUUCGCUGGACAGGCUUGUAAAGAACACACCCAAAGACUCAUUUCACCAUCUGAGCUCAUUCUCUAGACUCACCCACACCAACAUCAACGGUAUGGAUGCCAGCAGCAGCAGCAGCAGUAGCAGCGACGAUUCAUCUACCACCAACAUUUACCAUGAUGAUACUUCAGCUGAUGAUCUGUUUGAGCUGCUUACUCGCAAAGGAGUCUACCCGUAUGAAUAUGUAACCAGUACAGCGGUGUUUGAUGAGACAUCACUACCACCCAAAGACGAGUUCUUCUCUUCAUUGACGGAAAGCCACAUCAGCGAUGAUGACUAUGAGCAUGCUCAACGCGUCUGGUCUGCGUUCAAGUGCAGAAACAUGGGAGACUACCAUGAUCUAUACCUCAAUACUGAUGUAAAUCUUCUGGCUGACGUCUUUGAGACAUUCCGAGUCACAGCCAUGAACACAUACGGACUCGAUCCGGCACAUUACUAUACUCUCCCCGGACUCGCCUGGGAUGCCCUGCUGAAGUACACCAAGGUAUCCCUCUCUCUUCUGAGUGAUGUGGAUAUGCACCUAUUCAUCGAGCGUGGUCUCCGUGGUGGGGUGUCAAUGGCUUCACAUCGACAUGGCAAGGCAAACAACAGGUAUGUGCAUGUAUGUGUGUGAAUGCAUGAAACACAUCCUUACAACUUUU